AUGACUUUUUAUUCCAAGCUGACCCUUGCAAUCAACCUUGCUUUUUUGCCAGAGACAUCAGAUGUGGCGGUCAAGGCAGUGGAUUACUUGAAAGAUGAGGGGACUGAUCUUGUUCAAGAGAGAUUGAAGGUUGAAAAAAAUGAGAUUAUUGCUUUUUACUUCUUUGGAAAUCACGGUGGUGGCAACUUUAUUUUCCCAUCCUUAGGUGUGGCUCUCACUGGUCUUCAUGGCUACUCUGUACACGGCCCUUUCAGGAUCCUCUACCAUGGGGUGGCGCAAUACCAUUUCAAACAAGAUAUUCCCGAUGCCCCUUGCCGAUUUUCUGUUGCCAUGUGGAGCCGUGAGAGUUCUUUCACUUUAAUUGCUAGGCAUUCUGCCUACCACAAGAAGGAUAAUCAAAAAUACAGCGACUCCACCUAUUGGCUACCAAUUUAUCCUGAAUACAAAUCCGACUCUGUCAGAGAGUACUUUGAAAAGUACCAUUCUGAAUCAAGAGACAGACCAAGAAACAACCAAGCCAAAAAGUAA